AUUCUCACACAUCCUAACUCAAUUGUCUGACAUGCAGAUUUCAAACAACAGAAUCAAGCAACAGCAAAACACCGCCGCCGCCGCUUCUAUCUCCAUGUCUGCGCCGCCGCCGCAGCGCCUCUCUUAUGAGGAAGAAGCCUCGGUAAUGGUGGCGGCGUUGAAGAAUGUUAUUACGGGAGAAGCGGCGCUCUCAAACCCGGCUAAUGAUUUCAGAUUCUUGUAUUCCGGCGGCGGCGGCGAUGGGGUCUUCUCUGUUUCCGGCGAUAUGGAGACGUGCGGAUUCUGCGGGAUUAAAGGGUGCUUGGGGUGUAAUUUGUUUAAUGAGGAGAAGAAGGCGGUGAGUGCGCCGCCGAAGAAGAGGAAGAAGAAGAACUACAGAGGAGUGCGGCAGCGGCCGUGGGGGAAAUGGGCGGCGGAGAUACGGGACCCGCGGAGGGCGGUGCGCGUGUGGCUGGGGACGUUCGAGACGGCCGAGGACGCCGCGCGGGCGUAUGAUAGGGCGGCGAUUGAGUUCCGGGGGCCGCGGGCGAAGGUCAAUUUCCCGUUCUCGGACUACACUGCGGCCGCGGGGUCCUCUGCUUCUGCUGCUGAGAGCUCAUCGAGCUCUCAGCAGAAGCGGAAAGGGGAAAGGGCGGUUGUGGAAUCUCCGAAGAAGAUUAGUAAACAGGGGAAUGGGGGGAUUUGGGAAACGGGAUCGAGCAGCAAAAAUCAGAGUGAUAAUAUAUGGGAUUUGACGAUUGGGGAAGAAGAGAUGGAGCAGUGGCUGGUGAUGAUGGAUUUCAACAAUGGCGAUUCCUCGGAUUCUGCUAAUGGCGGGAAUGUCCAAUGCGUGUAGUCAUAUUGAAUAUAGAGAAUUAAGUUUUAAAUAAUCAGAUAGCAGGUUUGAAGAUUUUUUUAUUCAAACGCUUCCUAUAUUUUUCUUUUCGAUUGUUUUAUAUGGGGGGGGUUGGAAUUUAUAUACUCCUCUCUCAUCUUUAUAAGGAAAUUGCUAUUGUUUAAUUAAUGAAUAGAUGAUUGUGAUUAACAUAUAUAUUGAUUUAA